GUUUUAGGGCUGGGCCUUCUGGAUACUCCUGAGCUAGUGGUAGAACUGGAUUCUUUGUUGCCUCAGCUCACCUGGCCCUGACAGCCACUAAUGCCAUUUAAUGCCCUCAGGCUAGAGACCCAAAUUCAGGCUGGCCCCCUACCACAUCCCAGACACAUCAGCAGCAAGGCUGCUACAGGCCUCCUCAUUCCACCUUCAACUUUGACCUCCAGUCUGAGCCCAGACAAGAUUUUUCUCUCAAUAACCAGGUUUUUCAGGGAUAGGGAACUGCACAAAGCCUAGCUCAACAUCAAAGGGCUGAGAAGGCCACUAGAGACAUUGGGGAUCCCCUCAAGUUCCAUAAAAAGUGGGAAAUUAGGGUCAGAGUCAAUCAUGGAAACAGGUCUUUACAAAGAAGAAAAGUGAAAGCAGCCCUGGACUGGGAGCCCAGGUCCUGAAUUCCAAAUCUGCCCCAGUUACUAGAAGUAUAGGUGACCUUGGGGAAGCACUUUCUCUUCUCUGGGCAGCAAAAGACUUUUCAGUAACUGGUAGAAGCUGGACUCUAUAGUCUCUUAAGGCUCCAGUGUGCCGAAAAGGUGGAGGAAGCUGGGACGCUGGAGCUGCAAUUGACUUUCCUGGCAGGUGGGUCUCUCUGAGCGGCUCCGGAGCAGGCGCCCGGGGCCCUGAUUCUAUGCCUAAGGAGGGGGCCGGAAAAGUGCAGGGGGUGCGCUGUAGUCCCCCAGGAACCCCAAUCUCUCCACCCCGCCUCUCCCAGAGGGCCUCUCGCUCUGGAAUAAACUACCGGUGGCGGCCAGCGCGCCGCGGCCCGAUUGCACCGCGGCCACGGAAAUAAAAGCGCAUGCAAAAGCGAAACCGGGCUCCAGAGAGCUCCAUACUGACGGGACCAGCCCCUGGAGCUUACGGCGUCGCCAAGCAGCUACCCGCCCGGCGUGAGAGGGUGGGGGACUGAGGAGUCCCCGCUAGGGGUUCUGGAGCCUCUCCGCCCCCUGCCAACACCACGCCCGCGUUUAUUUGCAUUUAAAGAGAAACGCACCAAGGAAAACAGUGGGUGAGUCAGGAAACGCUUUCUCACUGUGGUGAUUGGACCACACGCCUGCCAAUCAGGAAGCCAAUGCCCCACCCUGUGGCUGCGAAACUGGGGCGGGGGAGGGGUAUGGGGGAACAGUCCAGAGCCUUGGGAAGGGGAGCUGGUGCAGGAGGUGACUGGAGCCACAGCGGCGGCAGGGGCGGCGGUGGCGACGCUCUCAGCCGUAGCAGCCAAGGCUCCAGCUCCGGCCAGUGCGGCGCAAGAGACAAAAACCGGACUGGAAACCGGACAGGGCCGGGUAUGACACCUUUGAAUACAUUCCGUUCUAAGGCAGUUUGGGAGCCUUAGAGGAGAGUGGCAAGUAGGUGGUUCCGAGAGCCCCCACCAUUCGAGGCAAGCUGGAGAGGCAGGCUCAGUAGCCUGAGGAGAAAGCUGCUGCAUCAAGAAGUUUCACCAGCCCCAGCUGUGAUGCUUCCUGACUGAUGAUGUUAUAACAGUGCCGAGAAGCCAAAAGGCUGCAUUUUUUAGCUGAAUACACCUGAGUUUUCCCCACCAUCAUGGAGACCCGAAAGGAUGAAGCUGCUCAGGCCAAGGGAACAACAGUCUCUAUGGAUACCCAGGAUCAAGGGACAGAGAAAGGGGCCAAAAACAAGGCAUCUGAGACAACAGAAAGGCCCACAUCAGAGCCACCCUCAUCUGGCCCAGGUAGGCUGAAGAAAACUGCCAUGAAACUCUUUGGUGGAAAGAAGGGCAUCUGUACCCUGCCUAGUUUCUUUGGAGGGGGACGAAGCAAAGGUUCUGGGAAAGGCAGUUCUAAGAAGGGUCUUAGCAAGAGCAAGACCCACGAUGGCCUGAGUGAAGCAGUCCAUGACCCUGAAGACAUUGUCAGUGAAGGAACUGGCCUCUCCUUACCUUUGCCUGAGUCAUCAUGCCAACUUCCCAGCUCUCAGAGUGUCCAUGGGUCUUUGGAGACAGACUCCAGAUGCAAGAGGUCUGUGGCUGGAGCCACAGAGAAAGCUGGGGCUGAGAAGGCUCACUUUGUGCCCAAGCCAAAAAAAGGCCUGAAAGGUUUUUUCAGUAGUAUCCGGCGUCACCGGAAGAGCAAGGUCUCUGGGGCUGAGCAAAGCAAUCCAGGAGCCAAGGAGUCUGAGGGGGCCAGAGCCAGGCCUCAUGAGUAUGUGAGCUCAGCCCUUCUGUCCCACACUGAUGAGGUCCUCCAAGCCCCAAGAAAGGAAAAUGCCAAAUUCCAAGAUGUCCCUGGGCCGAACAUUCCUUCAAUAUCAGAGACUUCUCUGGCAGCCACUGAGAAAGCAGCCUUUAAAGAUCCAGAAAAAACCUUGGAGGCCUUUGUCUCAGCAUUCUUGCAGCCCAAACCUGACCCUGAAGCCAGUGGCCCAGAGGAAUUCCAUAGUCCAGAAACAGGGGAGAAGCUUGUGGCAGGAGAGGUAAAUCUACCCAAUGGCCCUUUAGGGGACCAGCUGAGCCUCCUCUUUGGGGAUGUCACAUCUCUGAAGAGUUUUGACUCACUGACAGGUUGUGGUGACAUAAUAGCAGAACAGGAUAUGGAUAGUAUGACAGAUAGCAUGGCCUCUGGAGGCCAGAGGGCCAACCGAGAUGGAACCAAACGAAGUUCCUGCUUGGUGACCUACCAAGGAGGGGGUGAAGAGAUGGCCUUGCCUGAUGAUGAUGAUGAGGAAGAAGAGGAAGAGGAGGUGGAAUUAGAAGAGGGAGAAGAAGUCAAGGAGGAAGAAGAUGAUGAUUUAGAGUAUCUGUGGGCAAGUUCCCAGAUGUACCCAAGGCCCAUACUAAAUCCAGGCUACCAUCCCACAACAUCCCCAGGCCACCUUGGCUACAUGCUUCUUGACCCAGUUAGGUCUUAUCCUGGCUCAGCCCCUGGGGAACUUUUGACUCCUCAGAGUGAUCAGCAAGAGUCCGCCCCCAAUAGUGAUGAGGGUUAUUAUGACUCCACUACACCAGGACUUGAGGAUGAUUCAGGUGAGGCCCUGGGGCUUGUCCAUAGGGAUUGCUUGCCCCGAGACAGCUAUAGUGGUGAUGCCCUCUAUGAGUUCUAUGAGCCAGAUGAUAGUCUUGAGAACUCCCCACCUGGGGAUGACUGCCUUUAUGACCUCCAUUGUCACAGCUCUGAGAUGUUUGACCCCUUCUUGAACUUUGAGCCCUUUUCUUCCCCUCGGCCACCUGGGGCAAUGGAGACAGAGGAAGAACGGCUAGUAGCCAUCCAGAAACAGUUGCUAUAUUGGGAGCUUCAGCGGGAGCAGCGAGAGGCCCGGGAAGCAUGUGCCCAAGAGGCUCACACCAGAGAGGCCCAUGCUCGAGAGGCCCACACCCGGGAAGCUUAUGUCAGAGAGGCCCGACCUCGAGAGGCCUACGCCAGGGAGGCCUGUGGCCAAGAGGUCUGUGGUCGAGAGCUUCAAGUCCGAGAGGCCCAGGUGCGGCAGGAGAAGCCCGUUAUAGAGUAUCAAAUGAGGCCUUUAGGCCCAUCAGUGAUGGGUCUGGUGGAAGGGGCAUCAGGGGCCUCUCAGACUUCCUACAGAGGAACCACAUCAGCUUUCCCUGCCACUGCAAGCAGCGAGCCAGACUGGAGGGACUUCCGUCCUUUGGAGAAGCGUUUUGAGGGAACCUGCUCCAAGAAAGAUCAAAGUACUUGCCUGAUGCAACUCUUCCAGAGUGACGCUAUGUUUGAGCCAGACAUGCAAGAAGCAAAUUUUGGAGGAUCUCCCAGGAGGGCCUACCCUACUUAUUCACCCCCUGAGGAGCCAGAGGAAGAGGAUGUUGAGAAGGAAGGGAAUGCUACUGUGAGUUUCUCUCAGGCCCUUGUGGAGUUCACCAGCAAUGGGAACCUCUUCUCCAGCAUGUCCUGCAGCUCUGACUCUGAUUCAUCCUUUACUCAAAACCUUCCUGAGCUGCCUCCCAUGGUGACCUUUGAUAUCGCCGAUGUGGAACGGGAUGGGGAAGGCAAGUGUGAAGAAAAUCCUGAGUUCCACAAUGAUGAAGACCUUGCAGCCUCCUUGGAAGCUUUUGAACUGGGCUACUAUCAGAAACAUGCCUUCAACAACUACCGCAGCCGAUUCUACCAAGGCCUACCCUGGGGUGUAAGCAGUCUCCCUCGAUACUUGGGACUACCUGGCAUGCACCCUCGACCUCCACCUGCUGCCAUGGCCCUCAGCAGGAGGAGCCGCUCCCUUGACACUGCUGAGACCCUGGAGCUGGAGCUCUCCAAUUCUCACCUGACCCAAGGCUAUAUGGAUUCUGAUGAGCUUCAGGCCCAGCAAGAAGAUUCAGAUGAAGAAGAGGAGGAGGAAGAAUGGGGCCGAGACAGUCCCCUAUCUCUCUAUACUGAACCUCCAGUAACCUAUGACUGGCCUGCCUGGGCUCCCUGUCCUCUCCCAGUGGGGCCUGGCCAUGCCUGGAUAAGUCCUAGCCAGUUGAAUGGGCCUUCUAGCCAUCCAUUUGGGCAGGCAGUCUGUUGCAUAUCUCCUUUCACCAUGUCAAUGUUGCUCUCAGUAUCAGGGCCAGAGCCAAGAGCACCUGGGGAAUCCAAGUCUCAGCUAGCUCGGCCUUCGCACCUACCCCUGCCCCUGGGCCCUUGUUAUAACCCCCAGCCAAAGGCCUCCCAGAGUGUGAGGGCCAGGCCUCAAGAUGUGCUGCUGCCUGUUGAUGAGCCCAGUUUUUCCUCCAUUUCUGGAGGCUUCAGCCCCAGCCCUGUGCCCCAGGCCAAGCCUGUGGGCAUUACUCAUGGCAUCCCUCAGCUGCCCAGGAUCCGGCCUGAGCCCCCAGAGCCUCAGCCCAUUCACUAUGGGGCUUCCAGCCUUGACCUGUCAAAGGAGAAGGCUGAGCAAGGUGCCUCUCUCCCCACCAGCUGCUCCUCCACUGCUAUGAAUGGAAAACUAGCUGAGUAGUCAUCAUCAAUUCUGGAGUGAGGGGCAUGGGGCCUGAGCAUGUGAAUGGGGAUCAGGGUUGGGCAGAGGGGUGGGGGUGGGGGUUACUGUUUAACUUGAAAAUUCUUUUGGCCAAGGAAAGCUCCUAUGAGUUUUCACCUUUGUUUUCCCACUUCCCUUCUGUGGCCACAUUCAGCUCAAGUACAUCUGCCCUGGGAGAUUGCUGCUUCUGUGCUCCAAUUUUUGUUUUUGGGUUUUUACCUUGUGACCCAUGCAGGGUUUGAGAUGCUCUAAUUUUGUGCCUAUUCCAAUUGCCAAGGUAGUGAUUUUAUAUAUGUAUAAAAUCUCUGCCAUUUUUCCAUCCAGUAGAUGAGCAGCCAAAUCUACACUGCCUCCCACUUGGGGACAAGGAGCUUGUUUGCUAUUAGCAGUGUAAAAUUAUGGUACAAAUCCUCCCCACUCCCACUUCCUUUGGUCUUGCCAUAGCUGCCACCAUCACAUCAGAUAGUAUAAUCUAGUAGCCCCAGCUAGCUGUCCUCAGAGAGGAUCAAGUAGCAUGUGUCUCACUGCCUAUUGCUAUGGACUUAGGUAUCAUAACCAGUGAGGGUCUUUUAACCUGGCCUGCUAUAGCUUGGGUUGAAGACAAAAAUGCUAAUUUCCUUAAUGUAAUGACCAAAUUCAUCUAGUUGCAAACAAGACAGGGUUAUAUUGUAGACACUACCAUAGGUCUUGAGCUCCGGAAUAAUAGGAUUUUUUUUCCUUCUUUGUUUCUUUAAGCUUGUGACAGCCUGAAUUGCAGAUGCUUUUGAAUUUUGGUUCUUUUUUUUCUCCAAAGGAAAUUUUCGUUAUCUCAUUACAAGGAACACAUUCUUUUAAUCGAGAUACGGGAAGAGAAGUGGCCUAAACUAGGCUCGGCUGUAGGGGAUGGAAUUUUUGCAGGUUGCAGGAGAAGGAUAGGAAAAGGAAUUCAUUCAUUCUUUUCACAGAAGAGAGGAUUUCAUACAUUGCAGAGCUCAUGUCAACUCAGCUUCUUAAAAGGGAAAAUUGCUUUCCCCCAAAGACAAAAAGUUCCUUAAGCCUUGCCCACCCUUUCACUGGAUGCUUUAAAGAGGCUUCAUGCUAGCAUUCCCAAGAGACAGGACACCAAGGGUAUUUAGGUUACUGUUCCAGUUUUUCUAAAGAGCCUUCAUUUUCCAAUUAGCCAAGUUCUUAGUAUCAUCAUAGGACUGGGCGUCUUGAGAGGAAAGACUGAUCUGCCCUCAGUCUGCCAAGCUGAAGGACUCCAACUUGUGUGGUAAUUGCAGCUCCUUAUGGAAAGAAUGGCACCCUUAUUUCUGCAUUCACACAGUUUUCAUGUUAAACUAGCUUGGAAAUAUUGGUGAGGAAGAGUUGCUGUCAGGAAGACAUUGCAACAGGCUAAUCUUACCAGGCUCUAUCUCUCAUUAAUCACCAAUACGGAGGGGUCCUUUUAAAUUUCACCAUUGGAAAUGGUAAAUGAAACUUUUUACCUAGGCAUGUUGACCCAAAUUAUGAUCCUUGCUCCCUUGAUCCUGUCCCCAUCCUCCACCCAUCUCCAUGCCUAUUAAGAGGCAAAGAGGGCUCUUGGUAUUCCAGAAGAGAUGCUGUUGCCUGCCACCUGAAGUUGAGAUGACUUUGUGGGAAGACUGCCCCUUGGCCAUGGGAUGUGUGUGCUGGCCUUUGUCACCAUUUUUAGGAUUGGGGUUGGCCCAGUGCCCAUCCCCACAAAAAGUAAACCUGGAUGGUAGAAGGUGUACCCCUGGAAGCACCACAUGAAUUUGCAUGGCACCGACACCAACACUCAAGGGAUGACUUUGUCUGCAUUGUGAAGAAAUCUGUCAGUCAUGAAGCUGGAGAAUCAAAGAAGGUGAGAAAGGCCCUCCUCAACCCUAGCAUAGCAUUCCAAGAGAGAAGUGCCCCAAUUCUGGCUUCUCACCAAAGUUGCCCUGGGAGGGUGGGACUAAAAUUGUCCUGGCUGUUUGGCAGGAAGGAGACACUCACCAAAUGCCUUUACAACAGAGGAACGCUCACCACUUGCCUCUUCUGUCUCUGCUUGUCCUUCAGGGCAGCACAAGCUCCUGUUUGUAUGUAGACUGUGCCAACCACAGCAGGUAGUAGAACCAUCACCAACCACCAGAGCCUGCUGGAUCACCAACCUGUCUGAGAAGAGAAAAAGUAGGUGGUCAGCCUUUGGCCAAGGGCUGAGAGCUGCAGUCUCUAACAAGAGGGCAGCAAGAGGUACCACCUCUGAAUAGGGCAGUCAUAGCCCUGACACACAUUGCUGGGCUUUGGAAGGUCUCAUAUCACAGUAAGUUUUAGGACUGAGCAUCAGCUCAUGGUUUGAACACUGCUGCCUGCAAGUCCUUUCACUGUCCUGGCCAGCCCAGAGAUAGGAUCCUUACCAUCAGAAAUAAGGCAGUCAGGGUGCAUGGCUGCAGAAGCAGCCUCCUUUGAGUCUACUCUAGAUCCAAGCAGUUCAUUUCUGAAUCCCAGCUGUGGCCUAGAAGAGGAAGGAGGACCAGCUGGAGACUUGUGUGACAGCACAGGGUGACACUGGGAGAGCCAGCCAAGCUCUAGGCCUCUCCCCAAACAUACACCAGUGUUUGCUUGGCUAACACCAAAUAUGUCCCAGACUACUAAAUGUGUAGAUGUUAAGUCCACAAAUGAACACCAUUUCAGCAUUGCAAGGUCAAUGUUUUUGGAUGUGACUUCACAGGAAGGUACGACUUGAGAGAAGGUGACUGCUCUUAGCUAUCCAGCAAGCAGGCUUAUAUAUAGUGUCAGAUAGCUCUGAUCCUGAGAAUUCCCAAAUGAGACUGAUCCUUAGGGGACCAAUGACUGUGGAUAGAGAAAACCACUUAGAAUGUCUCUCCCAGGGCUGUCAGUUUCUCUGUUUUAACGUCUUCAAGGAAGCCCUGCCUUGGGGCUCUUUUAAGGCCUUCCCCAACCAUCUGGACUCAACUUAGGCACCAGUCCAUGAGCCUUCUGGGCCAAAGGCUUUGGUCAACACCAGUCUUUUCUCCCUCAAUACUGUACCAAGGAGGGAAGUAGCUUCCCACACCCAAGGUGCAUUCCCCUCAUCCUGCUGCCAGUGACUUUCCUACCCUUGCCACUGCUACCACCCCACCUGCCCUCGGCCCUCAGGCCCAAUUGCUAGAGGGAGACGGGGUUUAGCAGGGAGACUUCAAGUUUACCCAUGUGUAUGUUGCAUCCAAGUUGUUUUUAAUAUAUAUAUAUAUAUAUAUAUCUCAAAAGUCAAUUAUCUAUUUUUGUAUUGUUUGCAUUUUAUAUUCAUGGAAAACAAUGUAUCAAUUGUUCUUUUCUGAUAUAUUUUAUUUUUAAGCGGUGCUGUUUACAGUUUUAGACAAAACGAAGAUGACACAAAAAUUGCUGCUGCUUGUGCAGAGGGUUGGCAUCUCAAUUGCCCAGGACCCUCGCUCUUUCCCCUCUCCCCAUCCCUGAUGUAUCGCACUGUCCAUCCCCUCCCUCCAUGAUAGGGACAGCAUAAGAUGCCCAGGUAUUAAGACAAAUGCCAGGUGACUCAGGCAUGUGGAACCUGGUAGAUAGCAUGUCUUUUUAUGGUUUUAUUUUUUUCUUUCAGACUCACCCUUCCCUGUGUGUAGAUCUUCUAGAAGUACUCAUGUCUGUGUCUCUCUCUUUCCUCUUUAUGUUUUCCGCUCUAGUUUUGAAACCAGAAUGCCCAUGUUUUGCUAUUUGUCAUGUUGGGUUUCUCCAAAGAGCAUUUUGGGGGUAUUCUCCACCCAGUAAGGAGGGCAGGAGAUUUCUCAACUAUUCCCCCUUUCCCCAAGAAGCUGGGGGAGACAAAUGAAAGUGAUGCUUGAACCAUCAGGAAUUAGCCAUCUCAUUGAGGAAACCCUUACAUGGGACUUUCCAGGAGCUCAGUUGAUUGUGACAUUCACCCAGAAGAGAUGUUGGGGAAUUCCUUGAUCCCUCUUGCUGCUUUGGGGGAAUCUCUUCCUCUACCACCAUUCCUACUCCCCUGCUGUGCUCCAGCUCACACAUGGAUGGAACUUUGGGGGAACAGUGACUAUUAGGGUGAUGGCUUGCUGGCCUGAUUCCCUACUUUUCCAUUAUAUAGUCACUCCAAAGAAGAAAAUUCACAUGGCAUGUGUGUGUGUGAGGACUGGACCUACUGAGAGGCGGGGCUUUAGUUAUUAUUCUUGUUACUAUUGGUGCUUAUUUUCCCUGAUGUAUAUGGGGGUGGGGUGGGGUGGGGUGGGGUUGGGGGGAACCAAGAAUGUAUACUUAGGUCAUGUUAAAUAAAAUGGCUGGGGGACAAAGGGAAGAAGUUGGAAACUGCAGUACAUCCUUACCCCAGAUAUAAGAGUUCUUUCUCUCCCAGUGAAAAAUGGGAAGCAUGGCCCCUGGAUGUGCCCUAGCUUCCCCUUCCUUAUCCCUGAGACAUCAUGGAAUUGCCUGGAUUGUGACCUCUCCAAUCCUAGUUCUCAUUGAUGUCUAGAUAUCUUGAUGCACUGCCUGUUUGUAACAACGAAUAUUUCUUUUACUGAAUGUUAAUAAACUGGGUUCAAGAGGGACCCCCGGUCACUAAA